GCUGAAAAUAGAAUUAACGAAAAAUCGGUGAAAGAAACUAACAUUUAACGUAUCUCGCGUGAUUCUAAUUUUUAUUGAACAUGUUCAGUUUAAUGUAGAUUCCAAAUAUUCGCUUCUCGAUAAGACAAAAUCGAUCAAAAUCUCGUCGACGAUGAAAAAUCCUUUGUGAAAGUUGCGAGCGCGCGACGCUUGCAUUUAACAAGUAAAAGUUUUAAGAAGAUUAUAGUUUAGUUGAAGUGAUUGGAAGGGACGAUAGUGAUUUUUAUUGCGCAUUUCGGUAUAUUUAUUUAUAAAAAAAAAAAUAAAUAUUUUGGACAAGUGACAUGCGAACGACAGAGUUUGCUUAAACAAUCGUAUGAAGGAUUAGGAAGCGAAUGAAGAUGCUGUUACUGAGAGUAACCGUGAUAUUGAUCUCGUGCUGGAUCGUCGUUUGUGAUCUAUUGGAUCUCUACGUCCAGCACAUGGACGAGACUAUGAGGACAAAAUGGUACAAAAAACAUCCCAUCGAUUCUGUCUCCAGAAGGAUAAAGAGAAGUUUUGGGUACGAAAUGCCGCAAUUUAAAUUGCCGGAGGCCGAAUUACUGAACGCCGAAUUACAUAAACCCAUUGAUAGCAUUAAGAUGCAACAAGAUAAAAGAUGCUGGUUGUUGGACGAGAUAAGAGACGAACGGUUUCCAAAGGAUGUAGAGCGCAUCAAUUCGAAUAAACAAAAGGAAAAUUCGGAUUCCAAAGACGAACAUGACAGGUCGACGAGCAUCAGAGAAAUUAUGUCUAUGUUAAAAUCGAAGUCUAUUGAUGCUGACGACGAAAUAGAGCCAACAAUCUCGCAGAAUCCAAAGGAGCAUAAAAAAGAUGAGAUACAUAUGUCGCAUCGUUAUUCAGAAUCAGAGGAAAAUCGCGAUAACAAUGACAAACCUCUGGAAAUCAAUGAACGGAAGCCAGUUAUAGUGGAUAAUUUAGGUCUUCUUUACAAAAGAUCAAAGAAAAGUUUUGAAUCGCGAAAGAAACAGUCGUUCGGAAGUAACAGUAUCGAUCAACAAUCGUUUGAUAAUAGUUGGUUGAAGAAAAACGAAAUUCGCAAGAACGACGUUUGGAAAUAUUUGUAUGCACCGCUGAAGAAUUUGGAUCCGGAAGAAAAAUUCGAGAAUCCUUCACGCGUCGAGGAAACUAAAUCGCCAUUUAUUGAUAGUAAAGAAAGAACCAGAGUUCCUCAAACUCUGACGGCUAAGAAAGAAGAAGACGAGAUUUAUAUGCCACAUUAUUUUCCGGAAUCAGAGGAGAAACGCACUGACAAAUUUAUGGAAAUCGAAGACUCAGAGGAUGUCAACGAGAUGGAAAACGAUGAGGAUUCGCUGUUCGAGAUCAUCAAAGAGAACGAGCGUCAAUUCUCGUUCGACGAGCCGAGUUUGAAAAAGACGCCGAAGCCGUCUGAAACGCAAGUGCCGAAGAAAUACUUACCAAUGUCGGAUAAACCGUUCAAGCCAACGGAAAAUGCGAAGAGCAUCGAAACGAAAAAUGAUAGACCGAAGAGGAGCGCGCCAAAUUACAGACUCUCCAGAUACGAGAAACUGGAUGACGACGGGGACGUCGUUCUCGAGUGGGAUCCCUUGGACGAGAAGGAAGUGACCUUCAGGGUCACCGGUAAAACCUUGGGCUACGUCGGCAUCGGUUUCAACGAUAAGAACAGCAUGAAGGGCGCUGAUAUCCUGCUCACUUGGGUGGACGAUCAUACGGGCGUCGCCAACGCACUGGAUAUGCACGGUGUCAAGGAGAUGAACGCAGCGCCGCAUGCUGACUCGCUUCAGGACGUGCGAGUGCGUGGCGGAUCGCAAAAUGCCACUCACACCACCGUAGAAUUCGUCAGGAAGUGGCAGACGUGCGAUCCUCAGGAUUAUCCCCUCUCGGAGGACACCGUCACGGUGAUAUGGGCCAUGCAUCAUACCGAUCCAGAAUUAAACACGGCGGCAUGGCACGAGAGGAAACGAGGCGGAAAGAUUUUAAGGCUGAAGACAGCCGCCACAUAUUCGCCACCGGAAACUCUGAAUGCACUGCACUGGGACGUGAAGCUCAAUCCGUUUAACAUCACCGGCGACGAGCACACUAUUUACUGGUGCAAGAUCUUCCAGAUCGCCCCGGCUUUCUCGCACGAAAAACACCACAUGAUAGGGUACGCGCCGCUCGUGGAGAAGGCGAACGAGGAUCUGGUCCAUCACAUGAUCCUGUACGAGUGCUCGACGGACUCGAUCCUCGAGAGGCAUACCAGGUUAGCCGGCGCUAAAUGCUACAGCCAAACGAUACCGAAGGAGUGGAACUUGUGUACGAGACCCGUCCUCACUUGGAUUCGUGGCAGCAAAGGAGAGUGGCUGCCCGAGCACAUCGGUAUCUCGAUAGGAGAACACAAAAAUAAGUCGUUUUACAUGCUGGAAGUCCAUUACAAUAAUCCAGGCCUGAGGAAGGUAAUCGAUCAGAGCGGCGUAAGACUUUACUUGAGUCCGAGGCUUCGUUCUAAUGAAGCCGGCAUCUUUUUUACCGGCAUGGCGGUGACCCCUCUUCAUCUGGUGCCCCCGCAGCAGAAGGAGUACGCCACAGCCGGAUAUUGCGCUUCACACUGCACCAACGCGUCGUUGCCCGAGAAAGGCAUCAAUGUCGUGUCCGUCGUGUUGCAUUCGCACUUGGCCGGUCGUCGGCUCAACUUGAAACACAUUCGACAAGGAAAGGAAUUGCCGAGGAUAGUCCAGGACAAUCACUUCGACUUUAAUUACCAGCUGUCUCACGUGCUGCAGAAGGAAGUAAACGUGCUGCCUGGCGACGAGCUCGUUACAGAAUGCGUUUACGGCACUUUGAACAGAACGAAACCGACGCUGGGUGGUUGGGCGGCUUCCGAGGAGAUGUGCCUGGCGUUCGUCAUGUAUUAUCCGACGACGCAUCUCGUCUCCUGCUACAGUCUAACACCUGUCGAAGACCUCUUUAAAACAUUAGGCGUGGUCAGUUUCAAGGGGAUGACGAUGGAGUCCGUGAAAAAGCUGUUUCUGAAGGAUGAUUACAUUUCGUCUUCGAUCAAUCAACUUAGCACUUCUCCGAAAUCAAUAGACGAGGAGGACAAUGCGGACGUUUUCAAAGAGGCUCAGUCUGUGUUAGAAACGAUGAGAGAUUACACAAACAAUAAUGAACCGAAUGUCUUCACGCAGCUCAUUAUUCAAAACCCUGAAGAAUUCCGAGGACGAACUAUGGCUGAUCAUAUGAUAACUAUGCCAUGGACGGAUGAAUUACUCGCGAAAGCAAUAGAAAAUAUUCUUUAUCACGGCAAGCACAUGACAUUCUGCAAAAGAAAAGAUUACGAAUAUUAUAUGUCUCCAACAGUUCUGAAUUUCCCGAAUUACACAGCACUACCGAAGGCGAACGACACAAUCUGCAGCGAGCUGAAGAUUACGUCUGCCACCUCCGGAGUUCCUCGUUCUCUCGUGAUAAACCUGGUCAAUAUCUUCAUAGUUUUAAUCUUUAUGAUCUAAGCGAGACCGAAAAUAGUCAGUAACAGUUAGUACUUAACGUUGCAUGGCGAAUGCGCACUGCAAAUCCCGUGAAUACGACAAACGGUUCUCUACGAUGUAGAGUUUACGUCACGACUGUACAUUUUUUAAUUUACCAGACAAUCCCGUUUAAUUUAUUAAUUUAAGCAAUCCCACCUUACAGCGACUGAAUCCCGCGAUAGGCCGAAUAGAGCAAAAAAUCUUUAACACAUUCACGCCGGCUUGGCCCAUCAGUGGGUCAGGAUAGUUCAUAUAUUAAGUAAUCGCACGUUUAGGUUAUUAUCAUUAAUCAUUAAUUACUAUAUUAAAUAUGACAAAUAUGAGAUAUAAUUUUGAGAUAUAUAAUUUUAUGUGUUCAUAUUAAAAAAUAAAUUUACGUAAUUUUACGCCGGCGUGAACGUGAGAUUAUCUAUUACGAUGUCUCUACGUAAGAUUCUGUAAAGAGAUUCUGUAAAGAUUCGUAAAGAGACAACAAAGUUUGCGAAAAAUAUUCGCCGACAGCGGGCACAUACAAUAUAUAGUAUAUAUAAAUAUAGAAAUCUAUAAUAUAAUAUAAAUGUAAAUACAUGAUUAUUAAUAAUACGUAUUUAUAAGAUGUGCACAGUAUACUUGCCGUUAGUAUUUUGUAAUGCGCGUUUUGUAAAAAAUAAAUG